AUGAAGCUCGCUACCGGCUUCCUCACUCUGACCCUCGCCUACAACGCCUUCGCUGAACCCAUCCCCAAGGCCAAGCGCGCCCUGUCCGACUACACCGCGGUCUUCAGCGCCAUCCAGUCCCAAGUCGCGACAGUCUCGUCCACCGUCGCCUCGUACGUCGGCGGUUCGACCGCCGGAUCGUCCGUUCAAGAUGCGUCGGCCGAGCUCGUGACCAUCAUCAACAAUGGUGCCACCAGUGUCGCCGGCUUCGACAGUCUCAGCUCACUCGAUGCCCUCCAACUCGUUUCGCCCAUCCAAGACCUGACCAGCGAUAUCAGCGGCCUCGUCGACGCGGUUAUUGCCGCCGAACCCAACUUUGUCGCGGACGGUCUUGCAGGCGAUGUGCUCACUUCGCUUCAGGAUCAAAAGACAGCUGCCGAGGGACUGAGGGAUGCCAUCACCCCCAAGGUUCCGGCUUCGUUGCAGGAUAUUGCGUCGGAGCUCGCGGAGGGGAUUGUCACCGAAAUCGAACGUGGGAUUGCCGCGUACUCGGACUAG